AUGGCCUCCGUCCUCGGGAAGCGCAAGGCACCCUCGUCCGCCGCCGCCGUCAAGGCCGGCAAACCCGCCGCGGCGAGCGCCACGAAGAAGAGCGCCGACACAGCAAAGGCCGCAGCGGCACCGGCGCUGAAGAAGGAGAAGAACAAGAGCCUCGAGGCUGCGAGGAAACCCGCCGCCGGCAGCUUCGUCAAGAAGACUACGACGAAGGCGAAGAAGGCCGAGAAGGAGGAGGAAGAGGUGGACGAGUCCCUGCUCUCCGCGCAGGAGAUCUUCCGGAGGCACUUUGAGGCACAGUUCAAGCCCAUUGGGGCACCGAAGCGGAACAAGACCAAGGCCGCUAAGGCGCGGGAUGAAGACGACGACGAGCUCGACUCGGACGAGGGCGACGAGGCAGAGGAGGGCAACGACGACGAUGAGGACGUGUUUGAAGACGAGGGCGCCGACGGACAGGAAGGGGAGGGUGAAGAGUGGAGUGGUCUUUCUGGCGAGGAUGCCGGCCCCGAUGAAGAGGCCACAAUGCUGACGAUGCACCCUUUUGCAGAAGACGACUACGACUCUGACGAGCAAGAAGACGACGAGAACAGCGUCGAGGAGAACCCCGUCAUCGAGGUCGUCGACCACACAAACUCCAAACCCCAACCCGUCGCGAGCAUGAGCAAACGCGAGCUCAAAGCCUUCAUGACCGACCCGACCCCCUCGGCGGCCCUCGCGGCACCAGCGGACCCCGACGACGAGAACGACAAGUCGAUGCUCGCCAACGACCUCGCCCUCCAGCGCCUCCUCUCCGAGUCCCACCUCCUCUCCCGGCACACCAUCACGCCCUUCUCCAACCCCUCGCUCGCGUCAAAGACCUUUUCCGAGGGCAAGCUGCGCCAGCGCCAGGCGGACCUGCGCACGCAGACGCUCGCCCGCGGCGUCUCGGGCGUCGGGUCCAUCUUCACCCAGGACAAGAUGCCCAUGGCCUUCCGCAAGGGCAUCGCCGCCGCCGCCGCCGACAAGGAGGCCAAGCGCCGCCGGCAGGCCCGCGAGAACGGCAUCGUGCUCGAGAGGGAAGCCCCGCCGCCCAAGAAGGCCAAAAAGGGCGGCCGCGCCGAGAGGAGCGUCGACGGCCCCGCCGUCGGCCGUAUGCGCGGCGCCGAGCUGAGGCUGAGCGAGAGGGACAUCCAGAGCAUCGAGGGCAGCAGCGGCGGCGGCCGCGGCGGCAGGGGCGGGAGAGGCGGCCGUGGUGGUGGCAGGGGACGCGGGAGGAGGUAA